ACACGAUCUUACACAAAAAUUGCGAGUUCAAAACAGACGCCAAACUCCAAACACGAUUUCAAGCUUAGGUAAUAAGGCUGAUACGGCUUUCUCCGUCACUCGCUACUCUCCCCACCCCCUCUAUUUAUCUCCUCGUAUCUCAGCUCUGCGGCAGCCACACCACCACCACCGCCGGACACCUCUUUGUACCGGUGCGUCUUUCUUCCGGCGAGCUUACUGGAAAAUCGAAGGGAACUCGCUCUAGAAAUCAAGGAUAUGGAGGUGAAUUCGGUGCAACAAGAUCAUAAGGAUGAAGAAGAAUUUGUAUUGCUUGAUCUCAACUGUCUUUCUGGGAUACUUGACACCCCACCAAAUGCACCAUAUGUUCUAUCUGGGCUGGACACAUUGAAUCCAGUGUUAGUUAUAGAUGACAAGGUGAAGCUGAUAGGAGAAUAUGAAGAAACAAUUGGCACAUGCUUGGUUUUCAAGGAAGAAGAUGGUACCCCAGUGGUUCAUGAAGAAACUGGGCCGUCUGAAGCAAACCUUUUCUCAGGAAAAUGUAUAAUAGAUCCAAAUCAAACUCCAAGCAAUCAUGUGAAACCGGUAGCGCAGCUUCAAAAGAUUCUAAAGUUUAGAUUGGCACCUGAUACUGACAUUCAAUUUGCAACAGCUGAGCAGGCUAAAUGAGUAAGUUCACAAUGAAAUUUCCUCUGGCGUUUCCAAAAUCCAUUCAGACUCUUAAACUAGGAAUCGGAGCCAUUGCUUAAGUUUCUUGACUACAUUAUAGGAAUGGCGAGUAGCAAUACAACCUUUGGGUCUGAUCAAACUAGUUCAAAAACUGUUUUCUGUUUUUUAAACACAAAAAAAAAAGAUGUAUGGGUUCUUUUUGAACCGUCCUGAUUUUGUAAAUAUUCCUUUUCUGCCAGUUGGGGAGUGCCCUUGUUUAGGAUGCUUAUUGAAACAUUAGAUGCCAAGUGAUACAGAAAUGCAACUUCAAGUCA